GAAUCCGACACCCGGAGGAGUUGUCGUUCUGCAAGCCCUUGGAGCCUCACUACUUGAAGUACAAUCUGAAGGAUCUGCCGGCGAAGAAGAAGAUCGAGGAGCGCCAGAAAAACGGCUACCACGCGGCCGCGGACACGAAUACCUUCAUCAUGGCCACGCAAAGUCCAGCUGGCUCGACCAACAGCCUUGACCAGCCGAAUCCAUUCAUGUGCGGGCCCGUCACGCCGAACAACCAUCGCAAUCACCACAGCACACCCAUCAGCUCGCCUGCCACGCAUACGAGCACGUGGAAGCGCAACAACAACAGCUUGAGCUUCGGCAGCACGGGCUCGUUCAACGCCAACAACAGCACGAUGAGCCUGGAAGCACUGAACGGCGGCUUGAGCGAGCUGUUGAUGCAGAGCCCGCCGAGCGCAUCGCCCGAGGUGCGCGCCAAACUGAUGCGACCCAAAAGCUUGGCGGAGAAGGCGCGCAUGAACGUCGCUUGGCUCGACUCCUCGCUGUCCAUUAUGGAGCAGGGCAUCCACGAGUACGACACUCUGAGGCUGCGCUUCAAGUUCUACUCGUUCUACGAUCUCAAUCCCAAGACCGACGCCAUCAGGAUCAACAUGAUCUACGAGCAGGCCAAGUGGCAACUUCUCGCCGAGGAAAUCGACUGCACCGAGGAGGAGAUGCUCAUGUUUGCCGCUCUGCAGGUUCAAAUAAAUCUGCAAGCGGGAAUUCCACAAAAGAGCUACGACUCGGCGAACGGCACGCAAGUGCCAGCCGAGGACGACAUCGACGCCGCACUCACGGAUUUGCAAGUGAGCCUUGAGGGUACCAACGUUAGUAACGGAUCCAGCGAUAUCACUCAGAUUCCCGAAUUGUGCGAUUAUCUGCGCUUCUUCAAACCCAAGCGUUUCACGCUCAAAGCCUUCAAGCGCUACUGGUUCACUUGUCGCGACCUGCAGCUCAGGCUUUACAAGAGCCGCGAGGAUUCCAACAGUUCCGAGGGACCGGUGCACGUUAUUAACUUGCGCGGCUGCGAGGUGACGCCCGACGUGCAUCUAUCCCAAGGACGCUACGGCAUCAGAUUGGAGGUGCCCAGUGCCGAGGGCAUGACCGAGAUGUGGAUCAGAUGCGAUUCGGAACAACAAUACGCCAAAUGGAUGGCCGCGUGCAGACUCGCGUCGAAAGGUCGCACACUAGCCGACGCCUCGUACGAGAGCGAAGUGAACGGCAUACUGGCGUUCUUGCAGCUUCAAAGGCCAGCGCCCGCCCCGGCCAUCAAUCCCAAUUCGCUCGGUGACAUCGUGCCCGAGGACUACGUCGCGCCGAGGUUCGCCAAGAAGUUCAAAGGCAAACUCAUACAGAGGAUCCUCGAAGCUCACGCUAAUGUCAAGGAUUUGCAACUGAUCGAUGCUAAAUUGAACUAUAUCAAGGCAUGGCAGUCGCUGCCGGAGUAUGGAAUAUCUUUGUUCAUUGUCAGAUUUACUGGUAAGAGCAAGGAUGAAUUGCUGGGCAUUGCGAGUAACAGGCUCAUGCGCAUGGAUUUACACAGCGGAGAUCACGUAAAAACUUGGAGAUAUAAUACAAUGAAGGCUUGGAAUGUCAACUGGGAAGUCAAGCACAUGAUGGUGCAAUUCGAAGAGGAGAAUAUCAUAUUCGAGUGUCAAUCGGCUGACUGUAAGGUACUCCACGAAUUCAUCGGUGGUUACAUUUUCUUAUCUAUGCGCUCCAAAGAAGUUAACCAGACGCUCAACGAAGAAAUGUUCCAUAAACUCACAGGUGGCUGGGAUUGAAAUAUUCCUGUGAGCGCGAACGAUUGAUCGAUAUAAUUAAUCGAUAAACCUCUAUAUCAGUAUGCGAUGAAUACUUAAAUUUAAAACAGUUUUAUAAAUAUCUGAAAUAUCAAUUUUAAGGCGCCCCAAUCGCGACGUCCAGAUUUUUAUUGUAAAUACAUAGAUUGUUUUAUUAUUAUACUUGAUUACAACGUAAUGUAUACACUUUUACCGUAUUAACAUUCGCAAUGAAUGGUUUUAUUUUUUUACGACGGUAGAGAAAAAUGAUUACGGGAAAUCGACGUUUCUCAUAUCACUAUUUGACGCAAAGUGCCUAUUAGACAAAAUAUAAACAUGAGAGUUACAUUACGCACAGAAUUUCUACACACAUAUACAGCGAUUUUAAUUGUGUUUAUUGCGAGAAAAAUAUUUCUUGUAUAUCAUCUUUAUUAUUAUUAUUAUAUUACUAUUAUUUGAAACAGCGUGAAUUAUUACCAUAAGAUCUUUUCUUUGCAAUAUUCUUUAAUCUAAUCAUAUGGCUUUUUAGAUAAUUUUAACAAUUCGAUAUUUUGUUUUAUUGUAUGUUAGUUGGUAUGACAUUUAUUCGCCUAAUAAUGGUAGUUGAUUCUCUCUGUUCAAAAUAUAUAUUGUUAUCGAAUCAAUUGGACGGUGCUAUAUUGAGCGACUUUGACUGCCAGUAAAGCGAAUUAUAUAUGAUAUCAUGUAAAUUAUUUGUUAUAAUUUUAAUGUAAACUAUAUAUAUUACGUAUAAUUUAAAAAUUAUAUGUAUAAAUAAAUAAUCGUUAUACUUAUAAUUAUAGCAGUAAACUAUGUUGCAUGCUAUCAUUAUUCGAGUAUCUGUACAUGUAACAAAUAUUUAGUUUUGUACAUUAAUUUAGAUGAUAAUAGAUGUAAAGUAAA